AUGAAGAAUUUUACAGAAGUUGUGAUAUUUGUACUGAAGGGCUUCACAGAUAAAAUGGAACUACAAAUUAUUUUAUUCUUUCUCUUCUUAGCAAUUUACUUGUUCACUAUGGUGGGGAAUUUGGGGUUGGUUCUAUUGGUUAUUGCUGACACCCGUCUUCAUAACCCUAUGUACUAUUUUCUGAGUGUGCUAUCGUCCGUGGAUGCCUGUUUUUCUUCAGUAAUUUUACCAAAUCUGUUAGUAGAUUUUAUAUCAAAGAAUAAAGUCAUUACAUUUCUUGGAUGUGCAGCACAGAUGUUUCUUGCUGUUACUUUUGGGAGCACAGAAUGUUUUCUCCUGGCUGCAAUGGCUUAUGACCGUUAUGUAGCCAUUUACAACCCCCUCUUGUAUUCAGUAACCAUGUCACCUAGAGUCUAUGUGUCACUCAUUAUUGCUUCAUAUAUUGGUGGCAUUUUAAAUGCUUCUGUACAUACAGUGGCCACCUUUAGCCUGUCUUUUUGUAAUUCUAAUGAAAUUAAGCAUUUUUUUUGUGACAUCCCUCCACUUCUCACUAUUUCUUGUUCUGAUACUUAUAUCAACCAGAUACUGCUCUUCUAUUUUGUGGGUUCUAUUGAGAUAAUCACCAUAUUGAUUGUCCUGGUCUCUUAUGGUUUCAUUCUGUUGGCAAUUUUGAGAGUUAAUUCUGCUGAAGGGAGACGAAAAGUUUUUUCUACAUGUGGUUCUCACCUCACUGGAGUGUCAAUCUAUCAUGGGACAAUCCUCUUCAUGUAUGUGAGACCAAGUUCCAGCUAUGCCUUGGAUCAUGACAUGAUAGUGUCAAUAUUUUACACCAUUGUGAUCCCCAUGCUGAAUCCCAUCAUCUAUAGUUUAAGGAACAAAGAUGUCAAAGAAGCCACAAAAAGACUUUGGGAAAAUUUGGUUUAUCAAUAA